AGCCGGUAGGCGGCUUCUGCUCGUGUCACUUAGGGUGAAAGCGCCCCACCUCCAGCAGUAGAUGCGUGCGGCCGUAGAUAUGAGCAGCUGCUCGCGCAUAUAAACACAUUGUGCGCUGUGAGCCGUCACUCUUCUCUCCUGCUCUAGCUCAUUGAAAGCGCUGCGCGGCCAUUAUUCUCCUCUGUCGGAGUCUGGUUUGUGGGCGGGGUCACGUCAUUACGUCACUUCAUUGGCGUCUGCGAAGCCCUGUGCGCAUGGGCAGCAGGUGAAAGAAAAAAAAAAAAGAAAGGAAAAAAAAAAAGGACCCGUCCGUGCUGCGGGAUCGUAUGCCCGCCGCGCGGGACGCAGGGUUUAUGGGGAGAUCGCAGGACUGUCCCGCUCAAUGCGGGGCGCCUGGCACCCUCACCUGAGUGCAUGUCUCUGUAUAUACUCAUCUAUAGGGUUUUCUCGGCCAGGAAAAAGAAAUCAGACACACAAUCGGCGGAUGAUGCGCUAGAAAUGCUUCCUUUAUUGGACGGGAAUACCACUUGUCUCUGGAUUACAUCCUGAUUGCCGCUUUUUUGUUUUUAACCCUUUAAACGCCCGUCCUUUAUUGAUGCACAGGUGCGCGUUAGUGCGGCCACGCUUAGCAGAUCUUUUGCCUCCUGGCCGUCUCCUCUUUGCGGUUAUCGGUGGGUUGCCCCCCUGAGGCAGUGUUCAAUGGAAGUAUGUUACCAGCUGCCGGUGCUGCCCUUGGACAGGCCGGUACCCAAGCAUGUUCUGAGCCGCAGAGGUGCCAUCAGUUUCAGCUCCAGCUCUGCUCUCUUUGGAUGCCCCAAUCCCAGGCAUCUGUCUCAGAGACGAGGUGCAAUUUCCUAUGACAGCUCAGACCAAACGGCAUUAUACAUUCGUAUGCUAGGAGAUGUCCGAGUGAGAAGUCGAGCUGGAUUUGAAUCUGAAAGACGGGGCUCUCAUCCUUACAUUGACUUUCGGAUUUUGCACUCGCAUUCAGAGAUAGAAAUCUCAUUGUCCGCAAGAAACAUUCGGAGGUUGCUAAGUUUUCAGCGGUACCUAAGAUCCUCUCGCUUCUUCCGUGGCGUAAAUGCACAAAACUCGUUGUACAUUUUGGACGAUGAUUACAAUGGACAAGCCAAGUGUAUGCUGGAAAAAGUUGGAAACUGGAAUUUUGAUAUAUUUCUUUUUGAUAGAUUAACAAAUGGAAACAGUCUCGUUACCCUAACCUUUCAUCUCUUGAGCCACCAUGGUCUGAUAGAUCAUUUCCACAUGGACAUGGUGAAGCUACGGAGGUUUUUAGUUAUGGUUCAAGAAGAUUAUCACAGUCAAAAUCCAUAUCACAAUGCAGUCCACGCUGCCGAUGUGACUCAGGCCAUGUACUGUUAUUUAAAAGAACCUAAGCUUGCCAAGUCUCUUACUCCAUGGGAUAUCCUGCUGGGUUUGAUUGCCGCUGCAACACACGAUUUGGAUCAUCCUGGUGUAAAUCAAUCUUUUCUAAUAAAAACAAACCACUACUUAGCAACUUUAUACAAGAAUACCUCAGUAUUAGAAAACCACCACUGGAGAUCUGCAGUGGGCUUGUUGCGAGAAUCGGGUUUGUUUGCACAUAUGUCUGUAGAAGACAGACAACACAUGGAGAGCCAGUUAGGCUCAAUCAUUCUUGCUACGGACAUCAGUCGACAAAACGAGUACCUCUCCCAGUUCAGGACGCAUCUGGACAGAGAAGACUUAUGUCUGGAGAAUGCUGCACACCGGCAUUUCAUAUUACAGAUGGCUUUGAAGUGCGCAGAUAUCUGUAACCCGUGCCGGACCUGGGAGCUGAGCAAGCAGUGGAGUGAAAAAGUCACGGAGGAAUUUUUCUACCAAGGUGAUGUUGAAAGGAAAUAUAAACUGGAUCUCAGCCCACUGUGUGAUCGGCAUACAUCUAACAUUGCCAAUAUCCAGAUUGGUUUCAUCACGUACCUGGUGGAGCCGUUGUUUGUGGAGUGGGCCCGAUUCAGCAAUACCAGAUUGUCGCAGACAAUGCUUGGCCACGUUGGGCUCAACAAAGCCAGCUGGAAGGGAAUGCUACAGGAGCGCUCGAGCAGCGAAGAGGCCGACCCGGCAUUCGACGAUACGGACUGAUAAGCUUACCUCAGGAAGACCACGCACCAUGAACCUACCAACCGCCGGACAACCUUUUUAAGCGGGUUUUAAUGUCUCGUACGGAAAGAAAAGUUCUUGGUGAGAGAGAAUCUAUCCUGAUUGCCAAGGUUUUUCGCGUAAAUUUUAACGCCAGCAUUAUUCACAAGUUUUCCUUUAACGUUCACUUUUUUUUUUAAAUUAGCGGAAAAUAAACAUCAAGACCUGAACAUAGAGCAAUAUGCACAUACCUCAGUUGGCUUUUGUAUGAAAGCUUGAUUAUGCAAAGCACAGCAGUGACUGAUUGCAAACUGCAGGACGUUCUUUAUGUGCCACAGGUUAUUUUACUUUAUUUUUUCUUUAUUCUAAACGUUAAAAGGAAACUUUUUUUUUUCUUUCUUUCUUAAGAAGAAGACAAAA